UUUUAGAGAGUGUAGUUGCCACAGCAUUCUCGCGUAAACCGUCGUUGAAAGAAAAAGUAUAAAGUGAACUGUCGUAACAGAGGAUCAACGUAAAUAGUUGAGGUUUUCUGUAUUUGGUGCUUCUCAAAGUGACGAUUUAAUGGUAGCGCUAUCCACGUGGUUUUCCAAGGCUGCGGCCUUCAGGGCCGUGAUACUAGGCGCCCCUGCUUCUGGCAAGGGCACUAUGUCAGCCCGAAUUGUCGAACAUUUUAAGGUGGCUCACAUAUCUAGCGGUGACAAGUUACGACUUCAUAUGAACAGUAACACCGAAUUGGGCAAAGCUGUCUCAAAAUACGUGCUCUCCGGUAAAUUCGUACCCGACGAUGUAAUGAUUUCGAUGAUAAACAAAGAAAUUGAAUUGGUCGGUGAUCAGAAUUGGUUGCUGGAUGGAUUCCCAAGAACGUUAACGCAAGCGGAAAAAUUGCAGAAAGAGCAUCCGGUGAAUCUCGUUUUAUAUCUCAACGUGCCUACUGAAGUGAUACUGAACCGCGUAAAAAACAGGUGGGUUCACUUACCCAGUGGAAGAGUUUAUAACGUUGGGUUCAACAGUCCUAAAGUGCCGGGUAAGGAUGAUGUAACUGGUGAACCAUUGAGUAAAAGGGACGAUGAUAAGAUAGAAAUUGUACAGGAGAGAUUGGAAAGGUAUUCAAAGGCUACUGAACCAAUUGUAACAUUCUACACUAGCUUGGGAAUACUAAAUAGCUUUCAGGGUAACACCACCAAUGAGUUGUGGCCACAUGUGAAGGAGACUAUCACAAAGUUUAUGUCAUAAUUAUAGAUUGUUAGAGUAUAUCAAUGU